GAGCAGGUCUGAGCCCUCAUCCUCUGAAGUGAGAAAUCUCAUCUCCCACUACAGACCUGCCAGGGCCCAGGAGAGUUCGACCCACCCAGGCACACCACAGCAGCAGAAAUGGCUUGGGACACAGGAGUAUGGAAGCAGAUGUUUCAGGAGUUAAUGCGGGAGGUGAAGCCAUGGCACAGAUGGGCCCUGACGCCAGACAGAGGCCUUCUUCCCGACGUCCUGAAGCCAGGGUGGAUGCAAUACCAGCAGUGGACCUCCGCCAGGUUCCAGUGUUCCUCCUGCUCUCGCAAUUGGAACUCUAGCCAAGUUCUGGUCCUUUUCCACAUGCACUGGAGUGAGGAGAAGUCCAGGGGCCAGGUGAAGAUGAGGGUGUUUACCCAGAGCUGUAAGAAGUGCCCCCAACCUCUGUUUGAGGCCCCUGAGUUCACGCAAGAGAACACCUCAAGGGUCCUGAAAAACCUUGUCUUCCAAAUUCUGAAGAAAUGCUAUAGAGAAAGAUUUCAGUUGAUAGAGGAGGUUCCUGUGAUCAAGGACAUCUCUCUGGAAGGGUCCCAUGAUAGAGACCACUGUGAGGCAUGUCUGCAGGGUUUCUGUGCUCGGCCCUUACAGAUUAUGAACCUCCCCCAAUCUUGGACCCCAAGAGUAUACUCCAUUUACAACGUGGAGGAGGGAGUUGAGCCCUGGCCCUCAAGAGAGAAUGGCUGUUCCAAGGCAUGCCAGAGCCACACCUGUAGGAGCUUAAGCAUUUCCUGCUGUUGUGUCAUUCUCAUUGUUAUCGUGAUCAUUGUUGUAAAAACUACUUUAUGAGCCUUGGAAACAUGACACCAAGUGGAAAAAAAAUCAGAU